UUUGCAAAGAGGAAGGAUUCCCUAGAAGCUCCCACUCUUCUCUAUCGUCUUUAAAAGGCAGGCGGAAUAGCCAGAGGAGCAGAGAGCCUGAGACAAGCACACCCCGGACAACUCCCACGAGAGGCUGAGACAAGCACAAACAUCGACAACUCCCACACUGAGGCUGCGUCCGCACCCUCCAGCAUGAAGGUCUCCGCAGCGCUCCUGUGCCUGUCGCUCACCAUGGCCGCCCUCACCACCCAGGUGCUCGCUCAGCCAGGGAAGGUCCCAACCCUCUGCUGCUUCAGUGUGGCCAGCAAGAAGAUCCCCAAUCAGAAACUGCAAAAUUACACAAGACUCACCGACAGCAGAUGUCCCCAGAAAGCCGUGGUUUUCAAGACCAAACUGAACAAGGAGGUCUGUGCUGAUCCCAAGAAUAAGUGGGUCCAGGAUGCCAUAAAGUACCUGGACAAAAAAUCCCAAACUCCAAAGCCAUAAAUAUUGACUGUUUUGAGACCAAA